UGUUCAUUUAAACCGAUGACAGAUCAUCGCUGGUCCCACCCGGUUCACGGUCUGUUCUCGGUCUGAUCGGUCUGUUCUCGGGCUGAUCGGUCUGAUCGGUCUGUUCUCGGUGUGAUCGGUCAGGAGCCUGUCCACUGCCCCAACAUGUCAGAGAUCGACGAGGGGUUCUACUCCAGGCAGCUGUAUGUCCUGGGUCAUGAGGCGAUGCAGCGGAUGGCCACAGCCGACGUCCUCGUGGCAGGCGUGCGCGGCCUCGGGGUGGAGAUAGCCAAGAAUGUGAUCCUGUCCGGAGUGAGGUCGGUCACUGUCCAGGACGAGGGGCACACAGGGUGGACCGACCUGUCCUCCCAGUUUUUCCUGAAGGAGGCGAAUCUCGGUCAGAACCGAGCCACUUGCUCCCUCCAACAGCUGUCAGACUUAAACCCGCAUGUGCGCGUGUCAGCCCACGAUGGACCGCUGGAUGAGGAGCUGCUUCUGCGAUUCCAGGUGGUGGUCCUCACCGACUCCUCACUGGAUGAUCAGAGACGCUUCGGUGAUCUCUGCCAUUCGCGAGGAAUAAAGUUCAUUGUGGCAGACACCAAGGGGCUGUGUGGUCAGUUGUUCUGUGACUUUGGGGAGGAGUUUGAGGUCUUGGACCAGGAUGGAGAGACGCCUGUAUCUGCGAUGAUAUACAGUAUCUCUAAGGACAACCCAGGAGUGGUCUGCACAAAUGAGAAGCACUUGUUUUCAGAUGGCACUAAAGUUUCUUUCUCUGAAGUCCACGGCAUGAAGGAGCUCAACAGCAUCGGCCCCGUGGAGUUGACAGUCCGCAGCCCGUACUCCUUCGGCAUUGGUGACACCUCAGCCUUUUCCGAGUAUGAACGACGGGGUGGAGUAGUGACCGAGGUUAAACAGCCCUGCAUGCUACAUUUUAAACCGCUCGGUGAGGCUCUCUUGGAUGAUGAACUGAAUGGAAGGCACAAGACCCUGCACUUGGCUUUCCAAGCUCUCCACGGCUUUGUGAAGAAAGAACAGCGACUCCCUCGCAGUUGGUCUCAGUCGGAUGCAGAUGUCCUGCUUGCCAUGGUGAGAGAGCUGAAUACAGCGGCACAGCUGGAACAGCUGGAUGAAAUCGCUGUGCGGAAACUGUCCUGCACAGCCCAGGGUGACUUGGCUCCUAUCAAUGCCUUUAUUGGAGGCCUUGCUGCCCAGGAAGUUAUUAAGGCAUGUAGUAGGAAAUUUACGCCUCUUCAGCAGUGGCUAUACUUUGAUGCACUGCAGUGCCUCCCUCAGGGGGAGAAUCAACCGGCAGAGAGCUUCUUUUCAGCAAAAGGCACGAGGUACGACGGGCAGAUUGCUGUGUUUGGGUCAGCCUUCCAGGAGAAGCUCGAGCGGCAGAAGUAUUUCCUGGUCGGAGCUGGGGCUAUUGGCUGUGAGCUUCUCAAAAACUUUGCCCUCAUUGGGCUCGGUGCAGGAGAGGAGGGGGGAAUCACUGUGACAGACAUGGACUUCAUAGAAAGAUCCAACUUGAACCGCCAGUUCCUGUUCAGGUCUCAGGAUAUCGGGAAACCAAAAUCGGAAGUUGCAGCCAAAGCGGUGCGAGAGAUAAACCCACAGAUGAACAUCACGGCUCAUCAGAAUCGCCUGGACCCCGACAGUGAGGAAGUGUAUGGGUAUGACUUCUUCAUGGGUCUCAAUGGAGUGGCCGCCGCCCUUGACAAUGUGGAAGCCAGGGUCUAUCUUGAUGGAUGCUGUGUUCAGCACAAGAGGCCGCUGCUGGAGGGAGGAACUCUGGGAAGCAGAGGUCAUACUCAGGUGGUGGUGCCUCACCUGACGACCUCUUACGGACCUGCUGACACAAAUGCUGACGAUGACAUCCCACUCUGCACACUCAAGAACUUCCCCCACAGCAUCCAGCACACUCUUCAGUGGGCCAGGGACCAGUUUGAAGGACUGUUUAAACAAACCCCUGAAAAUGUGAAUCUCUUCCUGAGCGAUUCAGGCUUCGUGGAGCGGACUCUUGGACAUAGAGAGGCCCUAGAGAUCCUCGGGGGGGUGUGGAGCAGCCUGGAGGACAUGAACAGUGGAGGACAACGUCCCACAACCUGGGAGGACUGUGUGAGCUGGGCCCGUUGCCAAUGGGAGACUCACUACAACACCGAUAUCCGCCAGCUUCUGCACUGUUUUCCUCCCGAACAGUUGACCCGUACUGGGCUACCCUUUUGGUCUGGAUUGAAGAGAUGCCCUCACCCACUGACCUUUGACCCUAACAAUACCACCCAUAUGGAGUAUGUGGUGGCAGCAGCUAAUCUGUACGGACAAAUCUACUGCAUCAGAGGGACGAGAGAUGCUGCCGCUAUCAGAAUAAUCUUAGAGAAAGUCCGCGUGUCAUCUUUCACUCCCAACUCCUCCAUGACGAUCCAUGUUAAUGACCAGGAACUGCAGGAGAGCAUGGAAAAGGAAAGUGAUGACGAAGAAAAGGCUCGACUUGAGAUGUUGAAGAGAGCGUUGGCCUCACCCUCUCUGAAAGGCUCAGUCAUGCAGAUGUACCCCGUCGACUUUGAGAAGGAUGACGACAGCAACUUCCACGUGGACUACAUUGUGGCUGCCUCCAACCUGAGGGCAGAGAACUAUGACAUCCCUACAGAAGAUCGCCUCCAGAGUAAGCGCAUUGUUGGACGGAUCAUCCCUGCCAUAGCGACAACCACAGCCUCAGUGGCAGGCCUGAUGUGCCUGGAGUUGUAUAAACUGGUGCUGGGUCACCAGGAUAUCAGUUGUUACUGCACAUCUUACAUCUGCCUGGCUUUCCAGCGCAUUGUUCAGUGCCUGCCGAACAAACCCCGGCAGUUCCAGGUCGCAGGAGAGACAUACACCCUGUGGGAUGACUUCCGUGUGGAGGGCAGAUGCGGCGAUCAGCAGGAAAUGACCUUGGGUGAUUUGCUGCAGUAUAUCAAGGAAAAGUAUAACUUGAACAUCUGCAGCCUCUUCUACGGAAGAGCUUGCUUAUACAACGGGCAAGAGGACCGGCAUCAGCUGAGUGUGUCUGACUUGGUGAGAAAGAUCACUAAAGAAAAUAUCCCUCCACACACGAAGAUGCUGGAGUUGAUCCCCUCAUUUGCUGAAGAUGAGUGCUUGGAGUCAGUUCCGAUCAGGUACCUGCUUCUGUGACGCCAUUGAGACAAGAAGUUUCCACAAAGUUACAGUGAAAAGCAAACACAACACUCCUGUGACGUCAUGUCAUUUAACAACAAAUCGGAAUGUGUUGCCUUCGCUGUUGUUUACACAGAUAGAAGGAUUCCUUUUUUCUCUUUCCACGUGGGCUUUGAAUAACUCCACUGUCAUCCUGUGAUCAUUUUAACUGUUGACACACUUUAAAUAAGAAUAUUUCACUGUCUAAUCUGUUGUUUUGUCUUUAAGCCAAGUUCCCAAAAAAUACUACAAAAUGUACGAAAGGAUAAGUUCCUCUUUUGGGGUUUUCUGUCACAUCAUUAUUUGCCACAAGAGGAACCAUGAGCAUCUCUAACGUCCUUAGAAAGUCUUGUUCGUCAAACGUUUGGUUUUUGUUUACAUGUGUCUUAUGAGGAGUCACGCAAAGAGGUUGUGAAGAUGUUUGCCAGGGCAUAUGGAUUAGAUGAUCAGAUCAUCUGGCACUGGCGGAGCAGCGCUGGACUAGUUUUGAGGUCUAAUUCGGGUCAGGCCGAGCUUGACGCUGCAGAGGGUUGCAGUUAUACACCAGGCAGCUGGCACAGUAGGUACAGUGCUUUGACGGUUCAGGGCGCUUUUGCCAUCUGGACACAGCUGUCUUGUGUAAAUCCUACUCCACACACACACACACACACACACACGUGUACCGGCCGCUGCCUCGCUCCGCCUCCUCCAUGGAGAAACCCUGAACUGGUCAGAACAGAGAAGCUCAUCUUCAAGGACCUCCAUCUGUCCUCGGAUGAAAGGUCCUUGAAGAUGAACGUCCUGCCCUUUUCCACAACAUCAACCAUUUCUUUCACUUCAGAACCGCACAAGGAUAGACUAUUGUUAACGUGCUAUUUGAAUCGUAUCGUGAAUCCUCUCUGUAAUUAUUGCAUCACUUCUUAGAAACGUUCUUUUAAAGUGUGUCAUUUAGGCUGUUGGUGAUCCAAUGCUUUUUGACCAAUAAUGUUUUCAACAUGUGUCUUACGAGGAACUAUGUUAAGUAAUUGGAUCAUGUUUUAAAGGCUCUGUUCACAAUAAACUUUACUGUGAUGACCACA